UGCGUUCACCAAGAUGGCGGAUAGGUUCUCACUGUUCAGUGGGCAAAGCUCUUUCAAAGCUGCGCCAUAUUAAAAAACUUGGAUAAAUUUUCUCGGGUUUUUAAUCGAUCUAAAGAUACGAUUUACGUUAAAAAAUUUCUUGUCCGUUUCUUUCAUUUUAUCGAAGUGAGAUAAACAAACUGCGAGCGUGAAUCCCGCGGUUUCAGGAAGUGAAUUAUGGGUAAUGGAGAAGACGCGAGUGCCUUUGACGUUUACGAACCAUAUUGAAAGGCAUUUGGAAAAGUUUUGUUGCCAAAGAAAGAUCGAGAGAGUGUUUCGGUGAAAAAUGGUAUCGAGGCGGAAGAUUCUAUCUCGAUCGAGGGACAACCUCGUUGAAGCGCAAUACGAGGAUCAAGACGAGGAGGACGUGUGGUAUAAUCUUGAUAAACUUUACAAGGAUCAUAUCCAAGAAGUACUGGACAAAUGGAACCAAAUCGACGACGAAAUUUGGGCCAAGGUAAUCGUUUUCGAAAGGAACCGCAGGGUAGCAAAAGCGUACGCCAGGGCACCUGUUCUCACGAUUAAUGGAUCUAACGAUGGAUUCGAUGGUUUCAGGAUAGGAUUGUGCGGUUUCGAAAAUCCUAUGAGGGAUACGAAAACCGAAGAGGCGAAGAAACACAUUAACCAAGGUGUAAAGAUUAAAAUGGACGAGCAAGGGAACAUAUUAAUAAAAAGGUUGUGUAAAAAUAACGUUUACAUAAAGCCGACCAGUCAGGAAGACAACGCAAUUGGAGCAGAAAUUGCACGGAAUUCUCAAGGAGCGUUAGAACACGAGAAACCGGGGAAAGUGUUCGAUAUGAAUAAGUUUCAAACGAAUCUUUCCCGGGAGACUCGAAGAGCAUAUCCGGACAGAAGAAGAUUAGAAAUGCAGUGUCUGAGCGCGAUUGUUUUCGUCAAAACUGAACCAGACCUUCUUCAAUGUCCCGUUUGGGUCCUAAUUGUAAACGUUGUCGGUUUAGACAUGUUGAAAUCCAAAUUACCACCAGUUCUAGCGUUACAAAGGCCUGUGGAUAUUAAAAAUCGACCUAGGAUACCGAUUCCCGACGAAGAUCCGUAUAGUAUAGCAGGAGUUUCGUCUUCGAUUGGAGUUUCCGAAGCGUUCCAGCAGGAACGAGAAGCUCGAGAACAGAUCUACGCUCAAUCAACGAGUAGUAGACAAAGAAGAGCCGAAAGGCCACCGAAACUACCGCCAAGGGAGAAUAUUUAUAGUCAUGACAUACCUAAACCUGAUUAUGACGACAUAGAAGAUGACUAUGCUAGAAAACCCGUCAUAACGAACGAGGACAAGAGAAAUAGAAACGAUGACAAAAAGAAAUACGACGAUCCGUAUUACUGCGGAUUAAGAGCUCGUGUUCCUAACUUUGUAAAGAUGGCGAAAAACAGUAAAGUCUCGACAAGAAUGUACGCCAGACCUCCUAAUCAAGCAACGUAUGCUGCUACCGGAUACGCUAGUAGCCAAUCUUCUCAAAUUUAUGGCCAUUUACCUGGCAAUCGACCACCGAUCAUGUAUCACGCACGAAGCUUCGAAAGUGGACUUGAUUCAGAUGGUAGAAACGAAUCACCGUAUAACCAUAUAUAUGGAAGGUUUCCUGUACCGACCAGAGGUGUGAUUCCUCCUACACCCAGAGCCAUGUAUAUCGGAGAGUGGGACUAAAAAUAAAGAUAAUCAAGAAAAAGCAACGAUUUAACAUAUAAACAAGUGAACUACAAGUUUGAAACGAGGACGAAACGAUAUCACCAAAUGCAGGUAUAAUAGAACGUAAAAGACGGUUAAAAGAACCUUAUGCAUAAAAAUGUAUGCAUUCGUUAAAAACGCAAUAAAAUAAAGACUACGCGCAAGACAUACAAAUAUAAGUAAAAUAAUUAGCAACAGAAAGGACUAAAACGAGAGUGGAGUAGUUAUAAAAAAAGGAAGAACUAAUCUUCCGUUUGUACCUAUAAACUGUAUAUUGUUAAUGUACUACUUGAAAUACUCAAAUUUUUAUUGCAAUAAAAUUAUAGAACAAU